CACUAGACCAACCACUCACUGGGAAAACAAGUUUUGGUGCCAGAGCCUUCCGUGGGUUCCAAGGCUGCCUUUUCAGAGACAGGCCCAUGAGUACAGUACGGAUUGCAGCUGUGGGAGCUGGUGUGACGGGGCUCUCCACCGCUGUGUGCAUCUCCAAACUGAUCCCACGAUGCUCCAUUACAGUCAUUUCAGAGAAGUUCUCUCCCGAGACCACGAGUGAUGUGGCAGCCGGAAUGCUUAUUCCUCCUGUUUAUCCAGACACACCCAUUCACAAGCAGAAGCAGUGGUUUAAAGAGACCUUUGAUCACCUGUUUGCAAUUGCCAAUUCUGCAGAAGCUGAAGAUGCUGGUGUUCUCCUGGUGUCUGGUUGGCAGAUAUUUCAGAGCAUUCCUACUGAGGAAGUGCCAUUCUGGGCUGAUGUGGUGCUGGGAUUUCGAAAGAUGACUGAGGAUGAGCUGAAGAAAUUCCCCCAACAUGUGUUCGGUCAGGCUUUUACGACACUCAAAUGUGAAGGCCCUGCCUACCUCCCGUGGUUGGAGAAAAGGCUAAAAGGAAGCGGGGGGAUGAUACUCACCCGACGGAUAGAAGACCUGUGGGAGCUUCACCCGUCCUUCGACAUUGUGGUCAACUGUUCAGGCCUUGGAAGCAGGCAGCUUGCAGGAGACCCGAAGAUUUUCCCAGUGAGGGGUCAAGUGCUCAAAGUGCAGGCUCCCUGGGUGAAGCAUUUUAUCCGAGAUGGGAGUGGGCUGACAUACAUUUACCCUGGUAUAUCCAAUGUAACCCUGGGUGGAACUAGGCAAAAAGGAGACUGGAAUCUGUCCCCAGAUGCAGAAAUUAGCAAAGGGAUUCUUUCCCGAUGCUGUGCCCUCGAGCCCUCUCUCCAUGGAGCCUGUGACAUAAGGGAGAAGGUGGGCUUGAGGCCCUCCAGGCCAGGUGUGCGGCUGGAGAAAGAGCUCUUAGCCCAGGGCAGCCAGAGGCUGCCUGUGGUCCAUCACUACGGCCACGGUAGUGGGGGCAUAGCCAUGCACUGGGGCACUGCUCUGGAGGCCGCCAGGCUGGUGAGCGAGUGUGCCCAAGCCCUCAGGACCCCUGCUCCCAAAUCAAAGCUGUAGGCAUGAAAUGACAGCAAAUGGCCCCAGAAACUAUUAAUCAAAAUAUAAUUUAAGUACCA